AUGGAUAAAAUCAGGCAUGAAUUCAAAGAGCAGCUGAAGAUCAAAGGGCUCCUGGACGAUAUUAAAUGUCAACUGAAGAAGAAAUGUCCCCUGUUUAUCCUCAAAAUUGAUGAGACGGUGGAUUUACCCAGAUGGGAGGAUACCAGAAAUGCUUUGAACCUGUUAGAAUGGAGCGGAGAUGUACUGUUCGUAACCACCGCAAAGGACAUCCAGCAAGCAAAAAAAUAUUGCUACCCACAGAGUGAACCUAUAGACUAUUCUCUCGUUGGCUUCUACCAUGUUACAGUGCUCGAGAUUACUAAGCAGCGGAAGAAUGAAAAGAACUACGAUCCGCAGAUUUAUCGCAUUAUCUUGGAGCAGUGUGAAUCAAAUGAAUUCUGCAUGAAGAUCUUUACUCAUGCUUUGUACGUUAAUCCCAAGAGGAGCAAUGAGGAGUUAAACAAGCUGCAUAAGAACUUAUUACAGGCUUCACCAAAAUCAUCAUCAGAUAUCAUUGCUAAGAAGAUGUUCAUGUUCUCUUACACCGAUAUGCCUAAAGAAUACAAGUCCUGCUUGCUGUACCUAGCUAUCUUCCCUCCAGGAUACAAGAUCAGGCGGUCAACCUUGAUUGGACGGUGGGUAGCAGAAGGCCUGAUAUGCAAGGAAGAUUGGCCCGGUUCUGUGCGCCAGGCCAACCGAUGUUUUGAUGAGCUCAUCAGCCGGUGCCUUGUUGAUCCUGCUGAAACUGGUGCUGCAGGAAAGGUCAAGAGCUGCGUGGUUAGUGAUCUAGUCCAUGGAUUCAUUACCAAGAUGGCCAGAAAACAACAUAUUUUGGAGACACGUCUGUCACAUCACUUGGCUCGCCACUUCUCCAUUUUCAAUGAUCUGCAACUCCGCAGCUCUGACAAAAUUGAUGGAUUCUUCCAGAGGCUCUCUAAAUCAUCUCGAGUGGAGACACGUCUGCUGAAGGUGCUAGAUCUAGAAGGUUGUAAGUGCUUUGGCGGGAAGAACCAACGCUACCUCGAGGACAUCUGUAGCAAGAUGUUAUUGCUCAAGUAUCUUAGCCUAAGAGGAACAGAUGUUACUCAGCUGCCCAGUAAAAUCAACAAUCUCCGUGAGCUGGAGGUAUUGGAUAUCCGACAAACUAAGGUGCCUCCACAUGCAACAGAAAAUAUCCUGCUCUUGAAGCUGAAGCGUCUGCUUGCUGGUCACAUCGAUCUGAAUAAUAAUCCAAGCGAUUUUAGCUCUAGUGGCCGGAUUCCUCACGGGAUCGACAAAAUGGUAAACAUGGAGGUACUAUCUAAUGUCAAGGCCCAGCGCAGUCAUGACUUAAAAGAUAUUGGAAAGCUAUGGCAGCUGAGGAAGCUAGGUGUGGUCAUCGACGUUAAGGAUAGUCACCUCAAGAAUUUGCUUCAGACGGUCAGUGACCUACAUGAGUGCCUCAGUUCUCUGUCAAUCACUACUAAUCCUGUAGCCACACCCACACCAUGCAAGGCGGGUACUCCUCCUAGUGCAGAUGAGUUACCUCAUAACAUUGGCUCUCUCUUAAAAAACAACCCCAAGAUUCUUAGUCUAAGCAUCAGGGGAACCAUGCACAAGGGGCGUCUUCUUCCAUUGUUCGUAAAUGGUUGUGACAACAAAUUUGCCAAGGUAACUCUAAGUGGCACCCGGGUGAGCCAAGAUGAUCUGGAAGUCGUCCUUGCGAAGCUGCCAAUGUUACGGUGUGUCAGGCUCCAAGACAUUACAUGCACCGACACCGAGCACAAGCUCAUGCUCACCUUCAAGAAGGAAGAAUUCAUAUGUCUUAAGUAUCUUCUCGUUGAUGGCUCGGACUUGACUAAAAUCACUUUUGAGGAAGGAUCAGCCUGUGAACUUGAGAAGAUGGAUCUGUCUUUCGGCAGCGCAGGUUCUAUUUCUGGACUUGACCGGCUUCCAAAAUUGGAAGAGCUUGAGUUGAACAAAAGCUUCUGUGGCAGGUUGCUAUCAUCAUUUGGCAAUGCCGCACAAAUAGCCAAGUUGACUCUUCGUGGUACAGAAAUAGGGCCUGAUGCUCUACAAAUCCUCACCAAGAAUCCAAAUAUACGCUGUCUUGUGCUGUUGGACAAGUCUUUUGGAGGAAGACAGAACAAGAUUAUAUUUAAAAAAGAUGAGUUCUUAUGGCUCAACCUUCUUGUUGUUAACUGCUCAGCCAUCACCAACAUCGACUUCACCAGCGGAUCUGCUCCUAGGCUCGAGAAGAUUGUCUGGUCCUCUAGCACAUGUCUCUCCGGCAUCGACGAACUUCUCAGAUUGAAGGAGCUCGAGUUCAACGGUGCACAAGUCCCUGAUGAGGUGAGGAAGGCCAUUGAAAAACAUAAGAACAAUCCUAGUCUUAAACUUAAUGGACCAGAAAAGGAAGACUAA